ACUGGAUAGCGAACUCUUCCUCACACGGUGCUGUACCAUGGCGUGUAGGAAGCUGGACAGUAAUUCUCUAUCAGACCUGCUACAGGACAUUGAUUAUUUUCUCCUUGAUAUCGAUGGAGUACUAUGGAACACCGAUGGGGACAUAGAAGGAAGCCCGCAGGCCGUGAAGUUGCUGCAGACACUGAAAGGUGUGAUCUACAUGUCCAACUGCAGCUGUUACACCAGAGAGGAAUUCGUCAGUCUGUUCGCAGAACGCGGCUACCAUGCCAGAUCAGAAGAAAUCUACUGCACAGCAUAUACAGUAGCAAGCUAUUUGAAGGAAAAACGAUUCCAAGACAAAGUAUAUGUUAUGGGAACACCAUCCAUUGGAAAAGAACUUGACAAGUUUGGCAUUAAACAUAUUGGUAUCGGAGUUCAGGACGACGUUGUCGGUGCUACAUGUAGUCAAAGUGGCGUGCCUCAUGUCCCGAUGGACCCCGAGGUCAACUGCGUCAUCGUGGGCUACGACAACUACUUCAAUAUCUCCAAGCUACAGCUGGCAGUGAACUACAUAGCUCGAGGGGCCAUAGCAAUUGCAACUAACGAAGACGUACAUUAUCCAACCCGAAAUGAUUUAAUUACAGUAGAUGCUGGUGUUUUGGUGGCAGCCUUGAAGGAAGCAGCUGGGAAGACUCCAAUAAACGUUGGCAAACCCAACAAAGUCAUUUUGGAACAAAUUAGGAAAGACAUAAACCAACUUGAUCCAAGCAGAUGCUGCGUUGUCGGAGACAGCCUUUCAACAGACAUAGCCCUCGCCACGACAUGCGGCAUGAGAUCCAUCCUUGUCCUCACUGGACAUGCCACUCAGAAGGACGUUGACGGCAUCAACUGCGGCGAAGGCGACGGUGUUGUGCCCGACUACUACACUGACAAACUCGGUGACAUCGUUACCUUUCUGCAUCAAUAGGAGGAGUCGUCAUGGUGACGCCUUUAGCACCUAGCUAUAAUGUACAACCAUCUAAAUUAUAUUACGUAUAAUAAAAGACGUCAGAUUAUCCAUCUUGUGUGGAAACAAUGAGUGGCCUGGUGGUGUAGCGUUCACUUUUCACGCCGAGUUUAAAUCCUACCUUUGGUUAAGGGACUGACCAUUUCAAAUUCUUGGAUUUUAUCGAAAAAUAUGGAUUGUCCCAGA